CUUAGGGUAACGUACUCCAAACCCACAGCAACAAUGGAGGUCUGGUUCAUCAUCCUCAUCUCUCUCUGUGCAUAUUUUUCCAUAAAAUCCCUCUUCGGCCUUCUCAGUUCCUCCAAAAAGAAUGGAUCAAAAGGCAAGCUUCCACCGGGUCCCCGCCCUCUUCCAUUCAUCGGAAACCUCCUCUGGAUUCCCAGAAAUGCCGUUGACCUCAGAGAAGUUAUUAACAAGCUCUCCCACAAGUACGGCCCUAUUCUCACGCUCACCCUUGGCUCCGAACCGCUCAUUUUCAUCACCUCCUACUCCCUCGCCCAACAAGCACUUGUUCGGCAAGGCGCCAUCUUUGCAAGCCGUCCGGCGGUGCUUCCGAUCAGCGUAGUUCUCAGCAACAAGCGCAAAGACAUCGGCGCCACACCCUAUGGCCCCACCUGGCGUGUCCUCCGCCGUAAUCUCGUAUCUGAGAUUAUCCAUCCUAACAAGAUGGACGCUUUCUAUCCCGCCCGCAAGCGCGUCAUGGAAACAUUGAUGAGUAAGAUCACUCAAUGUUCCAAGCAAAACGAAGUCGUCCAUGUCAACGACUGUCUCCACCACGCCGUGUUUUCCUUGUUUAUUCUCAUGGCUUUUGGCGGCAUCAGCGACGAGGCAGUCAAAGAAGUCGAAGAUAUCCAAUGGGAGCUUCUUAUGAAUUACGCUGACUUUAGUAUUUUCGGGUUCUUUCCCAGGUUGGCGAGAUUGCUGCUUAGAAGUCGCUACAAAAGGUACAUAAAUCUCUUGAAGGCUCAAGAUGACAUCUUUUUCCCUCUAAUAAAAGCCCGGCGGAAGUUAAGGCAAUUGAAAGGGAAAGAACUCGAAUACGUAUCAUACACAGAUAGCUUAAUGGAUUUGCAAGUUCCAGGAGAGGAACACAAGCUUCAAGACGACGACAUACUGAGUUUGUGCUCGGAGUUCAUUAACGCAGGCGCCGACACAACCACGACGAUGUUGCAGUGGACGAUGGCGCAUAUAGUGAAGUACCCAGAUGUCCAGGCCAAAAUAUACGCCGAAAUCAGAGAAGUUUUGGGAGAAGGAAAGGAGGAGGUGAAGGAGGAAGAUUUGCACAAGUUGACAUAUUUGAAAGCCGUAAUCCUAGAAGUUGUAAGAAUUCACCCGCCAAACACUUCCUUAGUGCCACACGCAGUCACAGAGGAUGUGGAGUUUUGCGGCUACACAAUCCCGAAAGGCACGACGGUGAACAUCGUGACAGCAAUAAUAGGGCGCGAUCCAAAGCAUUGGGAGAACCCUAUGGAGUUUAAUCCCGACAGGUUGUUAAACGGCAGUAAACCUGCAGAAGAAGUGACCGAUCUAACAGCGUUUAGUAUGCUGCCGUUCGGUGCCGGGAGGAGGAUGUGCCCCGGGAACGGAUUGGGCAGGCUUCUCCUGGAGUACUUUAUUGCGAAUUUGGUCUGGCGUUUCGAGUGGAAGCCGGUGGAUGGGGCGGACGUCGAUUUGUCGGAGAAGGAGGAGUUCUUGGUAGUGAUGAAGACCAAACUCCGUGCCCAUGUCACUAAGAGAGUCAAUUAAAUUCGCCGUAAGUACGUAUAUGCAUGUGUAAUGAAUAAUGGCCAUAGCCGACAUGCUUUUUUUUCAGCCAUUACCGUCUCGGUAGGACUGGAUUAGAUCCGUUGCUCUGUUCUACCAUUAUUUUUCUUUUUCUUUUUCUUUUUCCACUUUUUCGUAGCAGCCUUUGUUGUGCUUCAAUUAGUCAAUGGUCAAAUACACUUACAUCGUUACUGUCAA